CUCAUUUGUGAAUAGCUACCGUAUCCAUCGACCACAUCAAGCUCAUCUCCAUCAUCAUGGUUGCCAUUGGAGACUCGCUGCCCGCUUUGACCUUGAAAGAACUCGUGACGGUCGAAGGCACAUGCGCCCUCGGUCCCCGAGACGUCGACAUCCGCGCUGAAUCUGCCGGGAAGACCAUCGCACUCUUCGCCGUGCCGGGGGCGUUCACCCCCACGUGCUCCAACUCGCACGUGCCCAGUUACGUCCAGCUCCACGACGAGCUCAAGGCGGCGGGCGUCGACGAGAUCUGGUGCGUCAGCGUCAACGACGCGUUCGUAAUGGGCGCGUGGGGCACGGCCCAAAACGCCGACGGGAAGGUCCGCAUGAUCGCCGACGGCGACGCCGAGCUCACCAAGGCGUUGGACUUGGUGUUGGACCUUGUGGGUAAGGGCUUGGGGGUACGCAGCCAGCGCUACUCGAUGCUGGUCAAGGACGGCGUCGUGAAGGCACUCAACAUCGAAGACAACAAGACCCAGAACUCGUUCGCCCCGCUCUUGCUCGAGCAAGCCCUCGCGUCCCCUUAAGCCAUACUUGAAGUACUAGUUUGACACAUACAAAAGAAUACAUAUACACGUCCUUCCAAU